AUGCCUGAAAAGAGGGGUAGAAUCAAACGUCUCUUGAGAGAUAGGCAUAUUGAUGUUGCUUUUCUUCAAGAAACCAAGAAAGUAAUAGAUACAGAAUUUGCUGCUCGUGGGCUUUGGGGAAGUAGGAAAAUGGAGUUUAUGUCUGUAGACCCUGUUGGUACUGCAGGUGGGCUUCUCUACAUCUGGGAUCCGGAUGUUUUCCAACUAGUUGGGAGCUGCUGCAACAGGAGGUUUAUACUCCUCUCAGGUACGCUUUACAGCUCUUUUGAUUGUGUCCUCCUAAAUGUAUAUGCCCCUAAUAAUGUUAGUAGUCGGUCCACUCUUUGGAAUUCAAUCUUUAAGCUCAAGGAAUCCUUCCCUAGGCCUUGGUGCUUGGCUGGUGAUCUUAAUGAAAUUAGGCACAUGGGGGAGAGAGUUGGCUGUGUCAGAAGAGAUAGGGGGAUGCGCCAUCUUAAUGAAUUUAUAGACAAAUGCGAAUUGAAUGAUCUGCCCCUCCUUGGUCGGUCCUACACAUGGUGUAACUCUCAGGAGGCCCAGAAAUGGAGUAGAAUUGACAGGAUAAUGCUCAGCCCAGAAUGGUUGGUUCACUUCAAAAUGAAACUCUGGGGCCUGCCUAGGUUAAUAUCAGAUCACUGCCCUCUAUUGAUGAUGGAAGAUGAAAGAGAUUGGGGCCCUAAGCCCUUCAGGUUCAUUAAUGCUUGGACCCUGCACCCCAAUUUCUCUCACUUUUUCACUUCCUGCUGGGAGAAUUCCACUGCCUCUGGUUGGGCAGGCUUCAUAAUCCAGCAAAAAUUCAAGCAUCUCAAGAUGAAGUUAAAGGUUUGGAAUACUGAAGUGUUUGGAAAUAUUACCACUAAGCUCAAGGAAACAGAGGAGGAAUUGCAUGCCUUUGACAGAUUAGCAGAGGAAAGAGGGGACAAAAAUACUAGGUUCUUUCAUGCUGUUGCAAGUACCAGACAUAAUAGGAACAUGAUAAAUUCUAUCUCAAUUAAUGGUGUGUCUCUCAAGGAGCCAAGCAGAGUUAAACACGAGGUGUUCCUUCAUUUUAAGAAACAUUUCAAGGAAGGGUGGGCUAAGAGGCCCGUAUUGGGAGGGGAUUUCAGUUUAAUUGAGGACACAAUUUCCUAUCAUCUUGUAUCAGCCUUCACUGAAGCAGAGGUAUGGGCCGCCAUUAAAGAGAGCGAUAGCAACAAGGCUCCCGGACCAGAUGGGUUUAAUUUUCUAGGCUAUCAGAAGUUUUGGGGCAUAAUGAAAAAAUAG